AUAAUGGAUGAUUGCAAUGACACAACAAACCAUACCACCAUGUCACUGACAGGUGGUGCACAGCCAGUCAAAGUUACUCCAGAGAUGGUAGCACAGCUAAAGUCAUCACUGCUAGACGUCACACAGCCAAUCGCAAAGAGAUUCAGGUCAUUGUUCACUUUGAGAAAUCUAGGCGGUGAGAUGUCCAUAGAGGCUAUGUCAUCGGCACUCAACGACGAAUCUGCACUGUUACGUCACGAGAUUGCAUAUUGUCUCGGCCAGAUGACUGAUCGUCGUGCUAUCGAUGUAUUGGUGGAGAUUGUAAAGAACCUGGCUGAACACCCAAUGGUUAGACAUGAGGCCGCUGAGGCCCUUGGUGCCAUCGGUGACACAGUGGCUCUUGAAACUCUCAAGAAAUAUUCACAAGAUGGUACACGUGAAGUGGCAGAGACAUGUCAACUGGCAUUAUCACGUGUAGAGUGGUACGCUGUCAAUGAACCAGCGUCAUUUGAGAACAAGGCAUAUCUCUCUGUGGAUCCAGCACCAUCUCUUCCAACCUCUGUACCAUUUGAAACUGUAAAGAAUGACUUUUUGAACGGCGAGCUGGACAUAUUCAACAGAUAUAGAGCGUUGUUCUCAUUGAGAGACAGAGGAGAUGAGGCCUCCGUUCUGGCACUGUGCGAAGCCUUCAAGGAUGCCAGUGCUUUGCUAAAGCACGAGGUGGCAUUUGUUUUGGGUCAGCUGCAACAUCGUGCUGCCCUGCCAGCUCUCACUGCAGUGCUCGCUGAUGCAAGAGAGUCUGCCAUGGUGCGUCAUGAGGCAGCCGAGGCACUGGGGGCGAUCGCCAGCACUGAGACCGUUCCUCUACUCGAGCAAUUCAUCAAGGAUCCAGAGCCCAUCGUCAGUGAGAGCUGUCUGAUCGCACUGGACGUCACAGAGUAUUUUAACAACACAGAGGAGUUCCAGUAUGCAGACGGCAUCAAGAUCCUACUUGAGAAGGCAAAUCCACAAGCAGUCACCAAUCACGCC